CCCAAUCGGCUUCGUCUCUAGAUUCUUGAUCUACUUGUGCUUCUCGCUUUGGAAGAAGGAAACCCUCCGGCAAGAAAGGAAGAAACCCUCGCCGCCGCCGCCGAAGGAACUCCGGUGAAUCGGAUAAAAUGUCGGGCGGGUUCUUCAGGGGGACUUCUGCCGAUCAAGAUACUCGGUUCUCAGAUAAGCAAGCGAAGUUGCUCAAAUCCCAGAAAUUCGCAUCGGAACUUGAUCAUUUGGUGGAUAUAACUAAGGUGAAGAUGGACGUGAUGAGGCCUUGGAUCGCAACUAGGACGACCGAGUUACUUGGAUUUGAGGACGAAGUGCUUAUUAACUUCAUAUAUGGUCUUCUUGAUCAGAAGUUAGUGGAUGGGAAAAAGAUUCAGAUUCAGCUUACUGGAUUUAUGGAGAAAAAUACAGUUAAGUUCAUGAAAGAGCUUUGGGGUCUUCUACUCAGCGCUCAGGAGAAUGCCAGUGGUGUUCCUCAACAGUUCUUGGAUGCAAAGGAGAAAGAAAUGAGAGAAAAGAAGGCGGAAGCAGAUAGAAUUACUCAGGAAAUACAGAGAAGGAAAGAUAGGGAAGUGAGGGAGAGAGAAGUUGAAAAGAAGAAUAAAAUGGACGUGGAGCCUGACGUAGCAAAGCAUACCAAGCCUACUUCUGAUCUGGUUGCAGAACCUUUGUCGCCAAGAGGUUUCAGUAGACAACCUAAAGAAGUCGAUGAAAAAGAUGGGAGACAUGAUCAUACUAUACGGAAGCACACUAGUUCUCCAGAAUCAAAUGAUCAUUCCUUGUCGCCUUUGAGAAGGGCUCGUUCCCCAGCAAGGUCUAGCAGUAAUUCAUAUUCUAAAUCCAAGAGCUACUCCAGGAAUGGGCAUAAAUCAAGGAGUCGAUCUCGAAGCAUUUCAUAUUCACCCACCAGGCGGUAUAAAUCCCCAAAGCGCCGAUCUAUUUCUCCUGAUGUGCUCCAUAAGUCGACACGUGGUCGACCUAUCUCUCCUCAUCACAGGUCUUCUCCUCCUAAGACUCGGUCACCGACUAGAUGGAGAUCACCUUAUACUAGGCGUAGAUCAAACUCACGUUCACGGCGUCGUUCUCCCUCUCCAAUCCGGCGGAGAUCUCCAUAUUUACGCCGUAGAUCCCCACCAUCUUUCUAUCGCAGGUCUCCCAUCCAGGACCGAUCUUCACCACCAAGACGCAGGUCCCGAACUCCACGGAGAUCUCCUCGAAAGAGAUCCCCACCAAUAACACGGCGCAGAUCUCGAAGUCCUUUAAGGAGGACAUCACCUUUACACAAGUCACCAUCUACAAGACAGAGGUCACCCACUCCUUCAAGGAGGAGAUCACCUCAACGCAGACCUCCGCUAUCAAGACGCAGGUCACCUACUUCAAGGAGAUCACCUCAACGCAGGUCUCCUUUUGCAAGACCGAGAUCACCCACUCCUUCAAGGAGGAGAUCACCUCAACGUAGAUCUCCAUUAACAAGACGCAGAUCAGCCACUCCUGCAAGGAUGAUAUCACCUCGUCGCAUGUUGUCAUCACCUGGAAGACGCAGAUCCAACACUCCAUCAAGAAGAAGAUCACCUCGGCGAAGGUCUCCUGUUGCCCACAGUCCUUCAAGGACCCCCUCUCCUAGGAGGGGAUCACCAUACUCCAGAAUCAAGAAGUCUGUAUCUUCAGCAAGUGGAAAGUCCUCAUCUCCUUCAAGGUCACCUCCAAGCAGGUCCCCUAAGCAAAAGAUGUUGACCGUGCCUUCACCUAGAAAGGUCAAAGUUGAUCCUCAAACUCUUAUACGUCAAAGAUAUAGGAGUCACAGCUCUGACGGAGGUCAAAGUCCAGCAGGUCGAAUUGGUAGAGGCUCAAACGGUGAUCACAUCCACCAUUCUACUGGUGUUGAACAGUUCAGGGAUUACUAUGUGUCUGAAAGGUCCCAUAGCUUGUCUGAGAGUCCUGUUAAGCAAAGAAGAGAGCAGAUGACUAACCCCAAAAGCAAAGAAAUCAGUAAAGAUGAGGAUGAAAUCAGUGAUUGCAGGGAGAAUAUUCCUGAUGAAACUUAUUCCAGAAAUAAGACAACCAAACAUGAUCCAGCUGCCAGAAUGAAGAAACUAGGACAGAGUGAUGCAGGUCAUUAUGACAAGAAGGUUGGACACGUUUCACCUACAUCAGAAGAAAGGGAGUAUGGUCCUGGAACGAAUUUGAAAGAAACGCAUUCACCUGACUUUAACGCAAAUAAAAAGAUAGACUCAAACAAUCUAUUGGAUACCAUUGAUUCCAGAUCUGAAGAUUCUGAUGAUGGGCACAGAAAAUUGGAAAAGCAAAGGCAUAAAAAAUCCCAUGGCCGCAAAAGAGAAUGUGAUGAUGAUGAUGAUGAUUCUGGAAGAGAUGAGAGGAAAGAGGCAAAGAGAAAGAGGAAGGAUGAGAAAAGGCAACGCAAGGAAGAAAAACGCCAAAGGCGUGAAGAAAGGCGACAGAAGAAAUUGGAACGCCGUUCAGCCAAACUGAGAGUGAAGUCCAUGAUUAAUGUAACCCCUCCUUCAGGCUACGAGGAAAAUCAAGUCAGUUACACGAAAAGGGACUCUCAUUCAAGUGAUGCCGAAGGAACUGAAUCUGAGCAGAAAAGGCUUGAGAUUGAGCUUCGAAAUAAGGCUCUUGAAUCUCUUAAAGCAAAGAAGGCUACUAGUCACUAGAGUCUGUUCUUACUGUUGCCUUCCCGCAUACUGUUUGGUUUUUUCAUUUCUAGUUCUGCAUUUAUGUGUUAUGUAGACAAUUUUUAAUCAGCAGUGAGGAUAUACUCCAAAGUGUAUUAAACAUUAAUUUGAAUUUCUGUAUGCCUGCAUCUAAAAUAGUAAAUCUAUGGCCGCUGCGGCUGGAAUUGGUAAA